GGGCUCACUUUACCUAAGGCCUAUAUAUCUCUUGGAGAAAGAGAAUUUAGUGCAGGCCUUUCUUUUGUGGUGGUGUCUCGUGUUCGUGCCCUUAGCGAUCUACUUUUCAGACCGUUCAAUUUUGACAGGCUAA